AUGUCAGAAGUUGAGCUACUAAAGCAAAGGAUAGAGAAGCUUGAGAAAGAGAUUGAUGAUCUCAAGCAAGUCACAAUUUUUUCAGAUAUUCAACCAUAUAUCGAAGAGAACCAGGACAAAUUCAAACAGCUAAAGAUUUCUUCGAUAGGUCUAUCAUACCUUAUAAAAUACCAAAAGGGAACAAUACUGAAAGACAUUUUUCAAAGAGUUGCCAAAGAUUUACUUCAGGAUGUGGAAGACAUACAGUUAUUGGACCCAAAGAGUGGUAAGGUCCUCACGGGGGAGGAAGAUAUGUCAUUGUUUGAGCAUGACGGUAUUUUCCAUUUAGAUUUCCAGUAUGCUAGUGCAAAUUGUGGGCAUAACCAUCAUGAUCAUGAUCAUUAUGAUUCAGAUGAAGAUUUCACGGAUGAUGAGAAUUUUUAUUCAAGUUGCAGUUGCACCCACCCACAUUAA